CCAUAUUCGGAGGUCCUCUUGGCGAAGUUCCAAGAGCCCAGGAAUGGCAAGAGCCCGCUCGUGACGAAGUGCUGAGCAAUGCACCGUCGGAAGUUACUGCAGAAGCAGACCAGAAUCGUCAUCAAAGCCAUGGGGAUCCCUUCAAUGCAAUGCCACCGAUCAUCAAGCUCAACGUCGGCGGCCGGAUAUUCUCGACCCGGACGACAACUCUUGCCGAAGCCAAAUGGUUCGAACCUUACCUUGAAGGACGCUGGCCAUGGCCUCUUGACACAAAUGGGGCAUACUUCGUGGACGCGGAUCCAGACCUAUGGGAGCAUCUGCUUCGCUUCAUGAGACGUCCCAAUGUCUAUCCUCUCUUCUGGGAUACGGCGAAGGGCUUCGAUUAUGAUCUCUACAACCGCCUUGAACGGGAAGCUUUCGAUUUCCGAGUCGGAAAGCUUGGAGAUUGGAUCAAGGAGAAGCAAUACUUGAAGGCUGUGACGGUACGGGCUCAUCCACCAGUGGCGCGAGAGCUCGACGACGUUGACCCCGAAUACUACACGAUGAACGAGGACUAUGAGCGCCAUGUUGUACCUCGAGUGCGAAAGGUAUACGUAUGUCCUCGGGGAAUUGCGGUCCAUAGGGGUCAUCCGGAGAAGUGCGGCCAGGCUUGCGCUAAGGCCCAGGGGGGCACGCCGGCUGAGUACGAGGAGGAGCCGUAUUGGGAGGUUGUGACUAUCCGAAAGUCAACUGUGUUUGAUGAAAAAGUUUGCAGAGAGCCGGAGACUUAUGGCUGUGCUGGUUAG